CCCCCUCCCUCAGUGAGUGUCCUGCUCGCUGUGUCGCAGCCGUACCUCCUUCGCAGCCCGCAGUCGUUCGCGAGGACACACUCGUCGUACAGAAGCAGAGCGCAUGUGCCGCCCGGCCCCCGGCGCCCUGGCGUCGCAGAUAGGGCGCAAAGUGCAGAAAGCCGGGCGCAUGCAGAGGCCGCAGCAUGGCCAGCAGGAGGGCGAAGGAGAAGCGUAGCAGAGGCGUGCUCACGCUCAGGAGAAGGAGGACUUGGACGGUGCAGACGGCGACUGGCGGACAUGGGAGAAGCCUAAAGCGAAGGCACGGCGGACGGGCGUGCGGAGUCGGGCCUGUCCGCGCGGCUGCUUGUCCUCGCACCACCACACCCGUCUCGCCCAGCACACCCGCUGACCGCCGCUGCAGUCCUCAAGAAUGGUCAACCUCCGCUCCCAGAAGCGCCUCGCCGCGUCCGUGCUCGGCGUCGGCCAGCGCAAGAUCUGGCUCGACCCCGCCGAGCAGACCGACAUCGCCAACGCCAACUCGCGCGCCAACGUGCGCAAGCUGAUCAAGGACGGCCAGAUCAUCAAGAAGCCCGUCGUCGGCCACUCGCGUGCCCGCGCGCGUGAGCUCCUCGCCGCCAAGCGCAUGGGCCGCCACACUGGCACCGGAAAGAGGAAGGGCUCCAACGAGGCGCGCAUGCCGACCAAGGUCAUGUGGAUGCGCCGCCAGCGUGUCCUGCGUCGCCUGCUGCGGAAGUACCGUGAGGCUGGCAAGAUCGACAAGCACCUCUACCACGAGCUGUACAUGAAGUCGAAGGGUAACGUGUUCAAGAACAAGCGCGUCCUGAUGGAGCACAUCCACAAGGCCAAGGCCGAGAAGGCUCGCUCGAAGCACCUGUCCGACCAGAUGGAGGCUCGCCGUCUGCGCAACAAGAACAUGCGCGAGCGCCGUGCCAACCGCAUCGCCGAGAAGCGGGCCGCCAUCACGGCCGUCGAGCUCGAGGCCGAGGAGCAGAAGUAAUCGCAUCUCUGCUCGCCUCGUCUUCGUCUCUCGUCGUCUUUGCAUCUCGCGUUACCAGCCCCUCUCACCCUCAUCGUCCGCUUCCCGUUCCGGCUUCCGCUCUGUUCACGCUGCCCAAAAAAUCACAUCGACGCACGGCCCGGCUCGCGCCGUCGAGCUCGCGCCUGCGCACGGCGGGCCUUGGCUGCGCCACGCGGGGCGGCUGUCGCCGAGGGGCACGCGACACACACUCUGGCCGUCUCCGCAUCCCCCACCCCACCCUCCGCUCACAGCGGUGCCGUGCAGCACCGUGUGUCUAGCAUCCCUCCCCCGCGUGUGUGACCGCGCGGCCCUGUAUUCAUCAGCCUCACGCCCACACAUCAAACACCUGCGCCACGGCGCGCCACAAUACGCAC